CUGUCGCAAGCCCCGCCUCCAGGUUUCCAUGCAUUGGCGCGCUUGGCUGUGGCUGCUCCACGGGCGGUGGACUGUCUGUAGCGGGCUGCUGCUGCUGCUGAAAACAUGGCAGGCAUGAGUGCGGCGGGUGCUCGGUCCGGGUCGGCCGCCGGCCCGGUCCAGCAGGGACUGAAGGAGGCUCUGAUCGAGACGCUGACGGCCAUCCUGUCCGCGGUCCAGGAGGUGCGUGCGGCCGCGGAGGAGCAGAUCAAAGUGCUGGAAGUGACAGAGGAGUUUGGCGUCCACCUGGCAGAGCUCACAGUCGACCCUCAGGGAGCACUCGCCAUCCGUCAGUUAGCGUCUGUCAUCCUGAAGCAGUAUGUGGAAACUCACUGGUGUUCCCAGUCAGAGAAGUUCAGACCCCCUGAAACCACAGAGCGGGCUAAAGCUGCCAUCAGGGAGCUGCUGCCGGGGGGGCUGCGUGAGGCCAUCAGUAAGGUGCGCUCCAGCGUGGCCUACGCCGUGUCAGCCAUCGCCCACUGGGACUGGCCUGAGGCCUGGCCGCAGCUCUUCACCUUGCUGAUGGAGAUGCUGGUCAGUGGAGAUGUCAACGCCGUGCACGGAGCCAUGAGGGUCCUCACAGAGUUUACCCGGGAGGUUACAGACACACAGAUGCCGCUGGUCGCUCCAGUGAUUCUACCUGAGAUGUACAAGAUCUUCACUAUGGCCGAGGUGUACAGCAUUCGCACCCGUUCCAGAGCAGUCGAGAUCUUCACCACCUGUGCCAACCUCAUCUGUGCAAUCGAAGAACUUGAAAAGGGUGCAGCUAAAGCGCUGAUUUUCCCGGUGGUGCAGCAGUUCACAGAGGCUUUUGUCCAGGCCCUGCAGAUGCCUGAUGGGCCGUCCUCUGACAGCGGCCUCAAGAUGGAGGUCCUUAAGGCGGUGACAGCAUUGGUGAAGAACUUCCCCAAACCCAUGGUGUCGUCUAUGCAGCAGAUCCUUCCCAUUGUGUGGAACACACUGACUGAAAGUGCAUCUUUUUAUGUGAGAACAGAGGUCAACUACACAGAAGAGGUGGAUGACCCUGUAGACUCAGAUGGUGAGGUUUUGGGCUUUGAGAAUCUGGUGUUUAGUAUCUUUGAGUUUGUCCACACGCUGCUGGAGAACAGCAAGUUCAAGAGCACAGUGAAGAAAGCCCUCCCUGAGCUCAUCUACUACAUCAUCCUCUACAUGCAGAUCACCGAGGACCAGAUCAAAGUGUGGACUGCAAACCCGCAGCAGUUUGUAGAGGAUGAGGAUGAUGAUACCUUCUCCUACUCUGUGAGGAUCUCUGCUCAGGACUUGUUGCUGGCUGUUGCUACGGAGUUUCAGAAUGAGAGUGCAGCAGCGCUGGCAGCGGCAGCAACCAGACACCUCCAGGAGGCCGAGCAGGCCAAAAACAGUGGCAACGAGCACUGGUGGAAGGUCCAUGAAGCCUGUAUGUUGGCCCUGGGUUCAGUCAAGACCAUCAUCACGGAGAACGUGAAGAACGGCCGUAUCCAGUUUGACAUGCACGGCUUCCUGGCCAAUGUCAUCCUGGCAGAUCUCAACCUGGCAGCGGCAUCUCCGUUCCUGCUCGGCCGGGCUCUGUGGGCGGCCAGUCGCUUCACAGCGGCCAUGUCUCCUGAGCUCAUCCAGCAGUUCCUUCAGGCCACAGUGAGCGGCCUCCAUGACAGCCAGCCGCCCUCCGUCCGCAUCUCCGCCGUCAGGGCCAUCUGGGGGUACUGUGAUCAGCUGAAGCUGUCGGAGAGCACCCAUGUCCUGCAGCCCUUCCUGCCCAGCGUCCUUGAGGGCCUGGUGCAACUGGCCGCCCAGUUCAGCUCUGAGGUGCUCACUCUUGUCAUGGAGACGCUGUGCAUCGUCUGCACCGUUGACCCCGCCUUCACCACGAGCGCAGAGAACAAGAUCUGCCCUCUCACCAUCGCUAUUUUCCUGAAAUACAACAACGACCCUGUAGUAGCAUCCCUGGCCCAGGACAUCUUUAAGGAGCUGGCCCAAGUCGAGGGGUGCCAGGGCCCCAUGCAGAUGCGCCUCAUCCCUACCCUGGUCAGCAUCAUGCAGGCUCCCCCCGACAAGAUCCCAUCUGGACUCUGUGCCACAUCCAUAGACAUCCUAACCACAGUGGUGCGCAACACCAAACCCCCCCUCUCAGAGAUGCUGGUGUGCCAGGCCUUCCCUGUGGUGGCACAGUGUACACUCCGCACUGACGACAACACCAUAAUGCAGAACGGUGGUGAGUGUCUGCGGGCGUACGUCUCCGUCGCCCUGGAGCAGGUCGGCCAGUGGAGGGACGAGCAGGGGAACAGCGGCCUGUGGUACGUCAUGCAGGUUGUCAACCAGCUCCUGGACCCCCGGACCUCGGAGUUCACAGCAGCCUUCGUGGGCCGUCUGGUCUCCACCCUCAUCUCCCGGGCGGGGACUGAGCUCGGCGACCAACUAGACCAGAUCCUCAGAGCCAUUCUCAGCAAGAUGCAGCAAGCCGAGACUCUAAGCGUCAUGCAGUCUCUGAUCAUGGUGUUUGCCCACCUGGUUCACUCCCAACUGGAGCCCCUGCUGGAGUUUCUGUGCAGCCUGCCAGGUCCCACAGGGAAGCCUGCCCUGGAGUUUGUCAUGACUGAGUGGAUGAGCAGGCAGCACCUCUUCUAUGGACAGUAUGAAGGGAAAGUCAGCACGGUGGCUCUCUGUAAGCUCCUGCAGCACGGCCUCAACACCAACGACAAACGUCUCCAGGACAUCGUGGUCAAGGGAGAGGAGAUCUUCACCCCUGAAGAGGGCAUCCGCACACGAUCCAAAUCUGCCAAGAAUCCAGAGAGGUGGACCAACAUUCCUUUGCUAGUGAAGAUCUUCAAACUGAUUGUUAAUGAGCUGUCGUCUGUAGUGGAGGCCAACGCCAGCAGGGCCAACCCGGCAGACUGGAGCCAAGAUUCCAGUGGCAUGUGGGAGGACCAGGAGGAGGAAGAGGGGGAGGAUGAUGAUGAGGAGGAUGAAGGGCUUGCAGGGCAGCUGCUCUCUGAUCUGAUCGCCUCCAACAAAUAUGAUGACGAUUACUAUGAGGACGAUGAGGAGGACGAUCCAGAUGCUUUGAAAGACCCCAUAUAUCAGAUUGAUCUUCAGGCGUACCUGACAGACUUCCUGACGCAGUUCGCCCAGCAGCCGUGUUACAGCAUGUUCUCAGGCCACCUGAACGACGCCGAGAGACGAGCCCUGCAGUCCAUAGGCCUCUAGCCCCGCCCCCUGCCGCUCUUCCAUCAACAGCGCCCUGAAACGCUCUUCUAUCGCCCCAUCACGUAGCUCUCAUGACGAAUUUACAAACAAAAAGAAAAUGAAAAAAAGAGUAUGGGAUGACGGGCCUGGCAGGGGAAGGGAACGAGAUGGGAAGAGACUCGACAUGCACUUAUCCAUAACGCCCCUGUUUCUCCAUACUCGUGAUGGGAUGAGCUGAAGGACUUGAAGGCGGGAGGAUGAAGAGGUGAGAGUGGAGACCCUGCCUAUGCGGGGGGUGGCCUCUGUCCUCUCACCCUCCUGCGGCGUUUUGGAACGACUUAAGACUGGACUAGGGGAUUGAAUAGAGGGGUUGAGGCUCCACAAUGGGACAGGUGAACCACAAUAUAUGAACGGACUAUUUUGCCAUGUCCUAUUUGUAACUCAACUCAUUAUUUUUGUGUUUCUGUAUAAAAAAUGAAAAAAAAAUGAAAGGAAACAUGGCGAGGGGUGGGGCUCUUCCAAGAGACUUUACAUUGAUGGAAAGACGGGCAAAAAAAAAUAAUCCUGAUCUUUAGAGAAGGAAAGAAAAACAUUGGCUGCCUUAUUUUCAGAAAAAGUCGACUAUUUCUGACAGGAAAUGAAAGCUCUUAGACCAACUGUCAUGUCUUGGGGUACGGUGGGUAUUAGGGAAGUCACACUGUUGCCAUGGUGAUUCACAGCGUUGUCAUUUCCUUGUACCCAUUUGAAAUUUGGGAUGGAAGAUUUCUAAAUAAAAGUCCUCAACGGACAACA